AUGGCAAGCAGCCAGCUCUUAAUCCUCUUAUCAUUGUUCAUGCUCCUCCAGUUGGCUUUCCCUAGCAUUACGGCUGCUGAGCAAGAGAAGAAGAUCGAUGUGGUGGUGGAAGGCAUGGUGUACUGCCAGAGCUGUGAGCAAGCUGGAACAUGGUCUUUGUUGGGGGCAAAGCCAAUCCCUGCUGCCAAGGUCAGUGUCGUUUGCAAGAACCACCAGGACCAAGUCAGUUAUUACAAGGUCUUCGAAACAGAUGGGAACGGCUACUUCUACGCACAGUUCAAAGGCUUCAAAAUGAGUCAAUGUCUAUUGGAACAUCCACUCCAAGCUUGCCAUGUUAAGCCCGUCUCUUCCCCUCUUCAAAACUGCAACCACCUCACCAAUGUUAACUACGGUCUCUAUGGCUCCACCCUUCGUUACGAGACCAAGAAAUUAUUAGGAAGCAACUAUGAAGCCGUCAUCUACGCUGCAGGGCCCUUGGCAUUCUGGCCUGAUCAUUGCCCUCUCCCAUCUCACGUCUAA